UUAAGCCAAUAGGAUAAAGCAUUGUUGAGUAGUUCAGACGAGCCGGUCCGGGAGGGAGGAAAGAGGCAAGAUGGUGUUGGAAAGCACUAUGGUGUGCGUUGAUAACAGUGAGUACAUGCGGAAUGGGGAUUUUCUGCCUACACGACUACAGGCCCAACAGGAUGCAGUCAACAUAGUGUGUCACUCCAAGACACGAAGCAACCCCGAGAACAACGUGGGACUCAUCACGCUGGCCAAUGACUGUGAGGUACUUACUACGCUAACCCCUGACACUGGCCGAAUUUUGUCCAAGCUCCACACAGUUCAACCCAAGGGCAAGAUUACCUUCUGUAUUGGCAUUCGAGUUGCCCAUUUGGCUCUGAAACACAGACAAGGCAAGAAUCACAAGAUGCGUAUCAUUGCUUUUGUGGGCAGCCCGGUGGAAGACAACGAGAAGGACCUGGUGAAGCUAGCAAAGCGGCUGAAGAAAGAGAAAGUGAAUGUUGACAUUAUCAACUUUGGGGAGGAGGAGGCAAACACAGACAAACUGACAGCCUUCGUGAACACACUGAAUGGCAAGGAUGGCACCGGUUCGCAUCUGGUGACGGUGCCCCCUGGGCCCAGCCUGGCUGAUGCCCUCAUCAGCUCCCCUAUCCUGGCUGGAGAAGGUGGUGCCAUGCUGGGGCUCGGGGCUAGCGACUUCGAGUUUGGGGUGGAUCCCAGUGCCGAUCCUGAACUGGCCCUGGCCCUUCGUGUAUCCAUGGAAGAACAGCGACAGAGGCAAGAGGAGGAGGCCCGACGGGCAGCAGCGGCCUCUGCUGCCGAGGCAGGGAUUGCCACAACCGGGACCGAAGGUGGGGAUUCAGAUGAUGCCCUGCUGAAGAUGACCAUCAGUCAGCCGGAGUUUGGUCGAAGUGGGCUCCCUGACUUAAGCAGCAUGACCGAGGAAGAACAGAUUGCCUACGCCAUGCAGAUGUCCUUGCAGGGAGCCGAGUUUGGUCAGGCAGAGUCAGGUGACAUUGAUGCCAGCUCAGCCAUGGAUACCUCUGAGCCUGCCAAGGAGGAAGAUGAUUACGAUGUGAUGCAAGACCCUGAGUUCCUGCAGAGUGUCCUGGAGAAUCUGCCAGGCGUGGACCCCAACAAUGAGGCCAUACGAAAUGCCAUGGGGUCACUGGCCUCACAAGCUACUAAGGAAGGCAAGAAGGAAAAGAAAGAGGAGGACAAGAAGUGAGGCCGGAGGGAAGGAGGGCUUGGUCUCCCUGAAAUGGGGCUGAGAAGGGUGUGGGGGGAGUUGUCACAUAGUGUUUAGGUGAAGAUCUUGUGUAACAGUUAAAACCGAAAUAAAGUUUGGUGAUUUUUUUUUCCUUAAAACCAAAACUACCACUUUGGGUGAGGGGAAGGGCUGCACACCAGGAAAAAGGGAAUGAUUGUUUGCCUUGGGCCUCUGUGGAGGGUUCACUGUCGGAAAUAGAUAAAGGAACCAGGAAGUGAGGCGAGCUGAAGAGGGAGCUGUGUUCCUGGGGUAGAAGAAAAGGAAGUUUACCAAACAAGACGGAUAUUGGCUUCAAGUAAAUAGUAGAUCCUGUUUUAGGAGGAUUCAUGGAAUUUAGAGCUGGAGCCCUUCAUUGUACAAAUGAAGAAACUGAAGGCCAGACGUAGUUAAGGACUGGCUCAAGAUCACAGUCACUGAACUAGGAUUCACCCUUGGGCCCACUGACCCCAAAGUCUGCUCUUUCGGUUACA